GUGCGGUUUGCGACUAGAAAUAAAGGCUCCAUCGCACCACCAAACAGCACAGGUGCACUCGCGUGCUUGGUGCGAGCUUCUUGGUUAUGCAGCCUCUCUUUCUCCUCCGCAUUUAUUAAAAUUUUCCUCCCAUCUCCACUCUCUCUCUCUCUCUCUCGGUCUGUAUUUCCGGUCAUUCGCCAUCUCCAAGUCUUCACGGUCGUGUCUUCCGUACCCAUUCUUCUGCUCUCUUAGAGUCUGGCGCUUCUGUCCAGAGUCGACUACUGUACUUCACGCGUCACUUGAGACUGCGCAACCACUUUCAUCCAGAGAAGGGCUGCAGUGAACUUUAAAGGUUGUGUCGACAAGAUGAAGCAGCAGUCUGCCAGUCUGGUGAUGGCCGUUCUGGUGGCCAUUGGCCUGGUGUUGCUGGCUGUAUAACCGUCAACGGUCAUGGGUUCUUCCCGUAGGCGCUACAACUGUCGUUGGAACAUAGACGACGAUGGCAGUAUCUUUGAAGACAUCGAUUGUGUAUCCCAUAGAGACGCUAGGUCUUUGAAAGGGUGCAAAAAGAGGUGUGACGCCAACUCAGAGUGUGCUGGAAUCGAAUGGAUUCCACUUCGCGAGGGAUGGUCAAACGGACGGCUCUGCUGUUUCCUCAAGAAUGAGAUAGGUGACACAGAGCCUGCAAAGAACCGCGUCUUCUGCGAGCCAGAGUUUUAGAGUGCUCAGUGCAGUACUCACCCUCAGGCUGGCACUUUGUAAAUGUGUCUCAUUUUUUGAGCUUAUUUACGCUGGUACUUGGACAGUGUGAAUCUGUCUGAGCGCAGUUACAGCCAGAUUCUGAAGCGAUCCGAGAGCAAUUACGGCCAGAAUCUGAUCCGGAUGGAUCUGGCUGCAGCGUGUUUCACUGGGGCGGUCACAGGUUGGUGUAUGGACAAAGGAGGCUGCCGGGAGCUCUCUGUGAGAAUUUUCAAUCUCCACCUUUCGAACCAUACAAGCAAAUUUGAGCUCAGCUGAGUUUUCUUGGUGUUCUUGUUGAAACUCUAAGGCAUAUUUUCUGCUUUGAAAGUUUGGAGGGCGUUGAUUUAAAGCUCGAGUUGGCAUACUCGGAGUCCCGUCCCUGCUUUCAUGACAUUGAUUUAUGGUCAGGCUUCAGGAGUUCUGCCGAUACAUACCAUGAUUUCGACAGCCAGUCAAUCCUCUGGAUCUUCCAAGCAGAGCAAUUACUUAUGUCCUGUUAACUCUGUACUUCAUGCUUGCUGUGCGAAAAGGUCGGAAAAGCUGGAUGCGGCUGGACCCAGUUUAGAGCAACUUGAAGUGCUGCUCCCCACAAUAGAUUGAAGCUAUAUCCUCCCUAAGCAAAAAGAAGGAAAACGGAAAGACGACAAUGAUGGUUAGGCCUCCGUAUCUACAACAAGGCGUGUCACUGCUUCUUUCUGAGGGGACUGGUUCCUCUUUUCAGUUGAUUGAGCUUCAGGACACUUUGAAAAAGUUAAUAGUACUUUUGAGGAAAGUAGGGUUGGACGCUGGACUGGGUUUCCAGCGCUUAGCCGAAGCUGGGUAAUGGCCCCAUUCAUCUGGGUUGAAGUUGUGAGGUCCCUGCCCUCAGUCUCUAUUUUCCUGAUAACAAGAUGGAUCAGCUCUUUUUGAAAAAAAGAAGAAAUAACCGCGGAUGCGGCAUGUUUUGAAACCCUAAAGGCAAAAAAACACGCACCGGCAAAGAAACCACGCUCCAACUCGAAAUGAGUGAUUUCGGUCCAAAAGUAUCCGUUGGGCAUUUUCUUUGUUUUUUGUUUUCCCCUCUGACACCACGGCCGACCCCUGUAAAUAUGACACCCGGUCUGACAGGACGGUCGUCGGUACUUCCGUUGCCUUUUCGAACUCGGUUUUCUUUGCCGACGCGUGUUUUUUUUGCCCAUUCGAUACUCAAAGGUGACAUAAACGUACUUAUCCAAAAAAGAAACAUGUCAAACGGAAAAAAGUAUCAUCAAUCUCGGGCUAAGAAAUAUGGCACCCCUAUAGGUCUGUUUUUUCCGCUUGGCUUGCUUAUGAUAUUCCUUGCUUAAUAUGGUUAUGCGUUUCCUAGCUUAUUCCUUUUUUUUUAACGUUCAAAAAAUACCAGGUUGUUGUAGAGGUGGGAUAUUAGACAGAUUACAGUCACCCCACAGUAAUAUGCCAUUUGCUUC